GCUGUGGCAGCCAGCGGGCAGGAAAGCUCCCCUCCUCUCAGUUGUUCCUGUGUCUUGCUAUGCAGAUAGGCUACAGUAGCCUUACGGCGCGCUCAUCCAUUUAUUUUUUCAUGUUCGACAACCGAGGGCUCCCUUCCUAACUCUAGACUAACGCUCAUGGAGUACGCAAUCUGCAGUUUAACUACUCCGAGUAGUGCCAUUUUAUCACGAGGGAGAUAUUUCUAGUAUGUUUAAUUCCGAUUAUUUUCAAGCAGAAGAUGUGGACAUACCCAUCCACCAUAAUCACAGGCGGCUUGAAGACGGAAUCGGAUGGGAAGGAAGCCUAAUCGCACAAAAUCAACCUGUGUAAUCCAUACAAAAAGAGAAGAGUUCCUCUCUAAAGUAGAGUUCUAUGUACAGCCAUGGACCAAUCAUUGAACGUUUUCUGAGCAGACAGCGUUGGUGCCCAUUCCAAUCCCAGGGUGCAUCAGAAGUUGCCUCCUCAGAGCAAACCUGAACUGCUGUGACCCCAGCACACUGAUCUCACCACCAUGACUGAUCGGAUGACCUAUGGCGUCACCAAACCCAACCAGAGGCCUGGAGGUUCCCUCCCGCCUGAGCCCAUUGACAUCAUCCGCACCAAAGCCCGGUCAAGGAGGGUCCGGAUCAAUGUGGGCGGUCUGGUCCACGAGGUCCUGUGGCGGACCCUGGAUCGGCUCCCCAGGACCCGCCUGGGCCGGCUCAGAGACUGCAACACCCACGAGUCCUUAAUGGAGAUCUGCGACGACUACAGCCUCAACGACAACGAGUACUUCUUCGACCGCCACCCCGGAGCGUUCUCCUCCAUCCUCAACUUCUACCGCACGGGCAAGCUGCACAUGAUGGAGGAGAUGUGCGCGCUGUCGUUCGGCCAGGAGCUGGACUACUGGGGCAUCGACGAGAUCUACCUGGAGUCGUGCUGCCAGGCGCGCUACCACCAGAAGAAGGAGCAGAUGAACGAGGAGCUGAGGAGGGAGGCGGAGACCCUCAGGGAGAAGGACGGCGUAGAGGAGGAACACGGCUGCUGCCCGGACAAGAGACAGAAGCUCUGGGACCUCCUGGAGAAACCCAGCUCCUCUCUUGCUGCCAAGUUUCUGGCCGUCCUCUCCAUCACGUUCAUCAUCCUGUCUACAAUUGCGCUAUCGCUCAACACUUUGCCUGAGCUCCAGGUGGUGGAUGAGUUUGGACAGUUCAACGACAACCCCCAGCUGGCCCACGUAGAGGCUGUGUGCAUCGCCUGGUUCACCAUGGAGUACAUCCUCCGCUGCCUCUCCUCCCCCAACAAGUGGAACUUCAUCAAGGGCCCCCUGAAUGUCAUCGACCUUCUGGCCAUCCUGCCCUACUACGUCACCAUCUUCCUUACGGAGUCCAACAAGAGCGUGCUGCAGUUCCAGAACGUGCGGAGGGUGGUCCAGAUCUUCCGGAUCAUGAGGAUCCUGAGAAUUCUCAAAUUAGCCCGUCACUCCACAGGGCUCCAGUCUCUGGGCUUCACCCUCCGGAGGAGCUACAACGAGCUGGGCUUGCUCAUCCUCUUCCUGGCCAUGGGCAUCAUGAUCUUCUCCAGCCUGGUCUUCUUUGCCGAGAAGGACGAAGACGCCACCAAGUUCACCAGCAUCCCUGCCUCCUUCUGGUGGGCAACCAUCACCAUGACGACAGUAGGCUAUGGUGACAUCUAUCCACAGACUUUGUUAGGGAAGAUAGUGGGCGGUCUCUGCUGCAUUGCCGGUGUGCUGGUGAUCGCCCUGCCCAUCCCCAUCAUCGUCAACAACUUCUCCGAGUUCUACCGUGAACAGAAGAGGCAGGAGAAGGCCAUCAAGAGGCGGGAGGCCCUGGAGAGGGCCAAGAGGAACGGCAGCAUCGUCUCCAUGAACAUGAAGGACGCGUUCGCCCGCAGCAUGGAGCUGAUGGAUGUGGUGGUGGAGAAGGGAGAGGAGAAACACCCCAUCGACAACCACCUCUCACCCAGCAGGUGGAACUUCCAAAAGCACGGGACCAAUGAAGGCAGCCCGCAUACUCUGCAUCCCAGAUACCAGGAAGUAGCCCAGCUGGGCUCUCCAAUCCGGCUGAGCCCCAGCAGAGCCAGCCCCCAGCACCUGAACGCCCGACGCCUGGAGGACGUCUACAACAAGAUGACCACAUCCUCCAGCCUGACCCUGAAAGUUGGAGCUGCGGCUUCUCACGAGCAGGCCAAGAGGCUGGAAGAAGAGCUGGAGAUGACGAUAGUCACCGGUAGCUCCAGAGUUCCACAGAAGGAGAGACCCUCCACCGAUAUCAAGAACACAGCCAGCCCCGACAGCUUCACCAGCUGCAUUGCUGAGUUCGCCGAAGGGGAAAAGGGCUCCCUGCUACCAAACAUUGGAGGGCAGAGGCGGCCACCUCCACUGGACCUCAGCCAGAUCUCCGCCAUAGAUGCCAGGGGCCCUGAGAAUGUCCAGCCAUCCUCCAUCAUCAAGGAGGGGCUGUAUGAGUUUGUGUCCACCCAGCCAGACAGUGGUGGCAGCAGAGGGGGCAGUGGAGGCACAACUUCCCAGGGGGAGGAUAACCAGGCAUUUGACAUGACCGUGGAGAGCAUCCGCAGUUCCAUCAAAAGCAACAACCCCCAGAAGGCGAAGGCCUUGAAAGUCAAUUUCAUUGAAUCUCAGGAGGAGACAAAGGUGUCAACACCAUCCAGCGUACAAGGCCGGCUGCCUCAGGGGACGGCAGAAGACACGGUGUCCCGUUCCCCACAGUCUCUCAGUGCUAGUCUAGUGGAAGCAAAGUCUCCAUUUGGGCUUCUGAUGUCCCCUGUUUCCCCGGGCUCCCUGGGAGGAGAGACUGCAGCCAAGGGCUCAGAGGGCGAGGGUCAGCCAUCCAGCUUAAGCAAUACAGAGAGGAAUCACAUGGACAGGGUGGCAAGCAGCGCUAGUCCCUUGUCACCUAAACCCAGCACUCCCAACUGCUCGCAGGAAGUGGCAGGGGUGGAGGACGGAGGAGGUGAAGGAGAAGGAGGAGGAGGGGAAGUCACUGCAGGGAGUGUUGGAGUAGAGAACCACAUCAUUCUGGAUGGCACUCUAUCUCCACCUUGCGAAACGAGCAUGUGACACUAACUCAUCGUUAUGGAGCUGUGGGAGGGAAAAGGGACAAACAGAGCCCGUCACGGUUCGCUUUUGUGAGUAAAUGAUAGAAGCGCACACUCACAGUGACGUAGCGAACAUUCUGGAAUGUCUGCAGAGCUGGAGAAGUGUGUUCACUGAGGAUUUUGUGAAGACCAAUGACAUUGCUGUUUGCUGCACAGAGUGGACCUAAGACUGUGGAUUUUAUUCACAGGAGGCUCCAGUGUGAGCAAAGAGAGCUUAGUAUGAAUGGGGACAUUCUACUGUCUUUAUAAAUUGAUUUUCUGUCCUGUUCUUUCUAUGUAUUGGAGUAGUUAUUUAGUGCAAGACUUUCUUUUUUUUUUAGCUUGCUCACUAUUUUUGAUUGAAAUAUUGACUGGACACUUGAAGACAGGGACAAGGAAAGGAAAUACUAAUAAUUUGUGGAGAUUCUCUUCUGCAAUAAUUGAAAUGUGUUGGGUCACUAAAUGCUAUUCAUAUCUUAACCGAAACCGAAUAUGGCAUUCAUUCACAAAGGCUCAAUUCCAGUUUAUGUAAUAUGAUCCAUUUAUGUAUAAUUUAUUUAACUGUCAUCUGAGAGACAUACUGUAUAUGGAACAAGACCAAUGAUGUUUGUUCUGUGAUGUGACAAUGGAAACUGAGCAAAAGAAUAAGGGAAUUGCAGUGCAGAAUAUUAUAUAGCAAUUCUUUAACCUCUGCCUGUAUGGAAAUAGGUACAGUAGACAGUAUUAUCAAUAGCUUUUACAUCAGUAUCUAAGAUUACAUUUCAGUAUUUUAUGUUUUACUCUAUAUUCAUAAAAGUGAGCUCAUAUCCCAUCUGUCAUAGCCAUGCUGUGAGGCAACCAUGUGUACACAACGCAGUAAGGACAGCGCUUGCACAUUCACAUGCGAACACUCACAAUAUCAAUUGAAUAAUGAGUCAGGCUCAGUCACCCUUAAGUGAUGUGCUUGUGACUGAGUAUCAACUAAUUAUUCUUAAUUGUAACUUUCCACAAAGUAUUUAUGUUAUAUGCUGCCUUUCGCUUAGUCAGAAAUGUAAACAGUUAGCUGGAGAUAGUUUGAAUGAACACUGUGUGUGUGUGUGGGUGUUUCUUGAUGUGUGUAAUUGUACUGUAUGUGGAUGACGGAGGCCAUGAGCAUCCAAGCACUCACAGAGGAAAAUAGGUGGCACUGCCAUCUAGAGGCAGAGAAUAUCAAGGCACUUUAUUAAUCAAAGACACAAUAAAUAUCUCUAAUGGCAAUCUUUAUCAAUAUCAGAAGAAAUUAACAUCUUUAUUGAAUUAUUUGUGCAUCUAAGUAUCGCAUGGCUCAUACACACAAUAUUAAGAGGUGGGUAUCUUUACAAUUACAGCUUUAAAAGAAUACUCACAAAAUCAUAUAUGGUCAUGAUGGCCACCCUAUGACUGCUGACAAUCUGAAUUAUAUGAUCAAUGUAUCAAGUAUGUGCUUCUAUUAUAGUAUCUAUUAUAGAAUUACGGUACCAUAUAUUUGGUUGAAUCAGUCAGUGAUUCUAUUUUUCUAAGAAAUAAUUCAGGACUGUGUUAUUUUAUGAUAAAAUUAUGAAUUGUGUGCCUUUUCAUAAAUAAACAUUUAUGAGAAGGCGAAAACUACAUACAAUUUGGCUUGGUCCUAGAAAUCUCUUAAAGUUUAUUUUUCUUUGUUCCUUUAAGGGAGACAUGAGGCGAUAUGCAAGUAGUUUGUGAUGAGCUCUCAGAUUUAAUGUGCAACCUGAGAACUUGGUCAUAAUCUGGCUUGUGUCCCCCUAUAUCAGUAUGAUUGUUUGAUGUCAGUUCUUGUAAAUUGUGGAGAUGUCAGUGCGUUCAGGGAGUUCGCAACUGUGCUGACCCUUCACUGAAACACAUCCUCACAUCCAGGCCACCUGUCAAACUUCAUACUGUACAUGUCCAUGUGUAUGUUUGUUGUACUUAUCACUCAUUUAUUUUGUACAACUAGUUUUAACGUAUCUCAGAUUCUCAAGUCAUUACAUAAAACCACAACAUACAGUAUAUAUUCCUCCUCUUCAUUCCUGCCUGCUUUCUUUGUUCUCUUUUGAUGUCCCCUACAUCCCUACCAUGUUGUUUUAACAUUAUGUGACCAUUAGUCCUUUUUAAUUGUAAGUCAACAUAACUAGUGAAAGAAUAGGAACUUAUUGUUUCCAAUGAGUUGAUACCAUAUGCAAGACAAAUAAAAUGUGUUCAUGU